AUGUUAUACAGUCACCAAAUGAGUGAUUCCUGUUCAUCUCCAAACGGAUGGCGUGACAGCCGGCUGGGCCACAACCGUAGUUCAAUGGAUUUGUGUGUUGACGCACCAUUAGCCCCUUUGGAGGUAGACAUUUUAUCCGAUGAUUCAAGCAGCCGCGGUCAAAUUUGUCUCAAUGAACCAGUCCAAUGUAGACGUUCAGAUGGAUCGCUACCAACAGACCAGUCAGAUUUGGACCUGCUUUGCAGUGGAUCUCUCACAGACUUGGUGUUGAAUUUCGACGACCGAGUCUACAAUUGUUUCAAUCAGCCCAUUGAACAAUCGGUGGUCUCUGGCACGGCAUUCGCUUCUACGGUAGGGAAUGCCAAGGCACCACUAGUCGUGAUGCAAGGAGUCCAAUGUAGACGUUCAGAUGGAUCGCUACCAACAGACCAGUCAGAUUUGGACCUGCUUUGCAGUGGAUCUCUCACAGACUUGGUGUUGAAUUUCGACGACCGAGUCUACAAUUGUUUCAAUCAGCCCAUUGAACAAUCGGUGGUCUCUGGCACGGCAUUCGCUUCUACGGUAGGGAAUGCCAAGGCACCACUAGUUCGUGAUGCAACUUUGUCCGAAGUGAAAUUUUGGUGGAAGGAAGCGGUUGGAGAACCCCGAACGUUUGAUUAUCCGUUUGAAAGUGCACCAGAUAAACUGGGAAUGUAUGAAGACUUCGAAUCAGCAGAUGCUGAUGGCAUCACCGAGGAUGAAAAUAUUCACCUACCUGUUAUUUAUCCUCUCGGGAGAAAAGGUCUGGAAGAUGAAGUAGUAGCCGAGCCGGACACCUCUUUCCAAGGACACGUGACGACCGACUCAGAGUGUUCCUCAUCUUUCAGUGCCAGGGCAACCACACCAGAUCGUUCUGAACGUCGUUCGCUAUCACCCUGCAUGGAGCGUGUGGACGAAUCAGUGCCGAAUGAUGCUACUUCGGUUAUCUCCUUGACUCUCCCAGAUGAACUGCGAGCGGUACUCUCCAGUCUGUCAGUUUCCGAUCAACCGCCUUCAGUACUAGCAGAUGAACUGCGAGCGGUACUCUCCAGUCUGUCAGUUUCCGAUCAACCGCCUUCAGUACUAGCAGAUCUGACCCGCUUUACCACGAAGCAUUUGCAAACCUACGUGGAUUCAUUACUAGCGGCUGUGCUCCGUCUUUCCGACCGACUGGUUGAGCUGUUGGCUAUGCGAGACGAACUCCUGAUGCUUCGGGAGGCCAGUGACGAUUUUAUCAUUCUUCUAGAUUUGAUCCAUCAACGACGAGCGCGAGCGUCCAGAGCUGCCUUAGUUGCCACUGCCAGGGGUAGGAUGCGCCCAAAGGGCUUCGAUCGAUUGAAACUGCCGUGGAUUACGAGGUCCCUGUUUGGUACCCCUGCAAACAGUUUGUCUUCCCUCUCCGAGCAUUCUACCACCACUGCUCGGCACACAGCUACCAGAAUCCGGAAACCGGGUACGAUUUUCACAAAAGACUCUGACUCGGUUGCGUUAAAUGCCUCUUCCUGUUCCGUUGCUUACUACAAGUCACUGAAUUUACACUCCAAGCAACGGCGUCCAAAGACACAGCCGAUUGUAGUGCAUCGCGAGAACGCGGUCACACCGAAGCUGAAUGGAGUGUAUCAUUCGCCGUCACACCAGCAAAAUGCGUCGACAGGUGUGGACAAUUCUACCCACCAUUUGUCCGCGGCCUCAUCUGAUCGAGCCCAUGAAAGGUUGUUGGCAUUGCGGAAGCUUUGUCACUCGCUGGCUUGGCCUAAUGGACAACCUCAGCUGAGCAAGUCCCUUACGCUCCGUCUCCCCUAUGAACCGCUCCCAGUCGAAGGCGUUACUCUACCAAUGUUGCGUCGACUGAAUCACAUUCUCCACAGUGCUCUUCUUGAGAACGUGGCCACUGAGAAAAUGGUCAGUGCCUACAUCGAAAAUGCAUCAACGCUUAACACAAACAUGUCACAAGAAAGCCACCCGGCUCCGGCGGACCAUUUACCACUGAGCCAUCUCGCCCGUAUGGGAGAGACUCGCAAGUCCUUGUUUAGUAUCUCAGAAUCAACGCUUAACACAAACAUGUCACCAGAAAGCCACCUCAGCUCCGGCCACAAUUCAGGGCUUAGGCAACCUGGCAGUAUCCGAGCCCUCGCGCUUCCUUCGGGUGGCGUGGCAGCUAGACAGCAAAAGGGUGCUACGGCUGAACGGUUUCAUAUUUUUGGAUCAAUGGCAUAA